UUUUCCAUAAAGUUAUUUUGAAUCAAGAUGGCGGUGUGGAUGCCGCUGUCUUCCAAGAUGUCACCCUCAGCCUCCCUGGGCUCCACUUUGUUACGGAGAGGGCAACAUUCCACUCUAAAACUGCUCAAAACCGCAAUGUCGUGUCACAGACGAGGCUACGCGGCGGAAGCCCAGCGUGAGGCUGAGACGGGCGGCGGCUUCAGCGGGCCCCUGGAGCACUACGGCGGGCUGAUCCGGGACGGGACCCUGCGGGAAGACGAGCACCAGAGAGCCGUGAUGAGCAAACUGGACCAGCUCCACAAAACACUCCGCGGGUACAGCAACACGCCCACGUCCAUCUUCCAAAAGUUUUUUACCAGACCAAAGCCUCCCAAGGGUUACUACAUCUACGGCGACGUGGGCACGGGCAAAACCAUGGUCAUGGAUAUGUUUUACUCGCACGUGGAGACCGACAAGAAAAAGAGGGUCCACUUUCACGGCUUCAUGUUGGACGUACACAAACGGAUCCAUCGCCUUAAGCAGAGUCUGCCAAAGAGGAAAGCGGGCAAGAUGGCUAAGUCUUACGACCCCAUCGCGCCCGUUGCCGAGGAGAUCAGCGAGGAAGCUUGUCUGCUGUGCUUUGACGAGUUUCAGGUGACGGAUAUCGCCGACGCCAUGAUUCUCAAGCAGCUGUUUGAGAACUUGUUUCUCCACGGCGUGGUCGUGGUGGCCACGUCCAAUCGCAUCCCUGAAGACUUGUAUAAAAAUGGUCUGCAGAGGGUCAACUUUGUGCCUUUUAUUGCCGUGUUACAGAAAUAUUGCCAAACUCUUCGUCUGGAUUCAGGGAUCGACUACCGCAAAACGAACAGACCCUCCGCGGGGAAACUUUACUUCCUUUCCAGUGAGCCUGACGCAGAGGAAACGCUGGACAAGCUUUUUGACGAGCUGGCCUUCAAGCAGAACGACAUAACGCGGCCGAGAGUGCUCAACGUGCACAACAGGAAAGUGCGUCUGAACAAAGCAUGCGGGACCAUUCUGGACUGCACAUUUGAGGAGCUAUGUGACAGGCCUCUAGGUGCCAGCGACUACCUGGAGAUCUCCCGCCUGUUUGACACCGUCUUCAUCCGCCACAUCCCGCUUCUGACGCUCAACAAGAAAACCCAAGCCCGGCGACUCAUCACGCUGGUGGAUGCGCUUUAUGACCACAAGGUGCGCGUGGUGAUCCUGGCCGAUCACCCGCUAGAGGAGGUUUUUGUUCUCGAGGGCGACCACAGCCACGACGAGGGCCACAUCCUCAUGGACGAUCUGGGACUCAAAAGAGAAGAAGCGAGCAGCCUGUCCAUCUUCAGCGGCGAAGAGGAGAUGUUCGCCUUCCAGAGGACCGUCUCCAGACUCACUGAGAUGCAGAGCGAAGAAUACUGGCAAGAAGGAGACCGCAGCGCUAAGGACAAAGUCUAAUGAACUUUGACUUUUUUUUUUUCUUCAUUCCAAACGCACUUGACAAAUCAUCUACUUUGUUGGGAUAAAAAAAAAAAAAAAUAUAUUUGGAGGUACAUGUUUUUCUAAUUAAGAAAUUUUAGGGCCAUGCUCUCAUUGUAAAAUAUAAUAUAUAAUCUUAAAUAUAUAAUUUUUUUCCCUCAAUAACUUGACUCUUCUAUUAAUUUUUGUAAAGCUUAUAUUCUCAUGAAAUUCUGAGUUUACUUUUUUUUUUUCCUCCUUCUUCUUGACAAUGUGGCCCUAAUAUUCCUUCAUAGUUUUUAAACGGAAGCGGGAAAGAAACACUCCUCACUUCAACUGAGUUUUGCUGGAACACACUUAGAGAUGUACAGAAAUUAUUUAUUGCAACCUUUGUGCACUUUAAGACAUCAUUUUAACGUGACGCUUUUAUCGCAGCCGUCCGACUGUAAGACAUUUUGGGGAAUGAUUUCAAGUUUUGAUGUGACAUUCAUCAAACGUGGGUAAUUGUCAUGCGUUUUGUCAUUACUCAAAGUCUGCAAUUUAAAAUGUCCUCAAAUUAAAUGUAUCCAUUCUUACUA